AUGUCGUCCCCGAAUGAAGAUAUCCCUGCAAAAUGGCACAACAUACACAGUCCGUCCAGUUCGACCCACCUGAUUGACCCACCAGAGACAUCAGCACAUCCAUCUCCCCCAGUUAUUCUUAAUUCUCACCCAUCUCCACAUACGCUCCUCUCCAACUGCACCAGCCCCCAUAUCAGGAGCCAACGAAGCCCAUUGAGUAGACAUCUCCCAGACAUGGACAAUUCGAUAAUUCUAAUGCCGUCUCCCAAGGAAGAUAUCCAUGCGAAAUGCCAAGAGAUCCACAGUCCAUCUCGUGGAACAUGCCUGAUUGAUCAACCAGACCUGUGGCUCCCACAGGAGAUAGUACGUUAUGGAGAAUUCACACAAGCCACGACCAUGGCUUUCAAACUGGACUCAUACUGUGGGAGCUGUCAACACCAUCUAGGGAUGCUCUUGGAGGAAAUAUGCCUCAAUAAGCAUGGUUACAAAGUAGCCAAGUUCAUCUACGCCCACAUUGAUGGGCCCAGUUGGAUGCGCCAAUGGGCUGGCAAAAAGAGCAAAGAUACAAAUUUGAUUGGCUAUGUAGCUUUCAGUGACAACUAUAAGUCACACCAGAUUGGACGUAGGGACAUUACCGUGGUGUGGCGUGGUACCAAAGCACUCUUGGAGUGGUUUAAGGACAUUGAAAUCGAUCUUAUUCCAUUUGGCAAUGAUGUUGAUGUGGAGGUGGCAUCUGGGUUCCAUAGCAUCUAUAAAUCCAGGAGUGACUCUUCCAGUUACAGCAAGUUGAGUGCAUCAGAACAAGUGAUGGAAGCAGUGAAAGGUCUUGUGAAGUUGUACAAAGAGAAAGGUGAAGAGGUGGGCCUCACCAUCACUGGUCACAGCCUAGGUGGGGCCUUAUCUCUCCUCAACGCUUACGAGGCUGCCUCCUCCCUCCAUGACCUCAACUGCCAAAUCCGUGUCAUCUCUUUCGGGGCCCCACAAGUCGGUAACAGGGCAUUUAGAGACAAGCUCAAACAAAUGCAAGUGAAGAUACUGCGGGUGGUGAUCAAGCAAGAUGUGGUGCCAAUGUUGCCCGCGGACCUUAUCAAUGAGAAUCUGUUGGAAUGGGCUUUCAAACUAGUGGGGCAGCAGAACUCUCUGUUCAAACAUGUGGGGACCCAAUUGACGCUGGUUGCAGAUGGAGUUGCUAUUCCCGAAGCACAUAAAAUAAAGACAUACCUUUCUCUUGUGAACGGUUCGGAUAGUCCAGCGUCUGAACUUCCAUGUGGAUGCUCGGUGGGACGCGCCAUCGGUGAACAAAGCUCUGUUGAAAAGUAA